AUGCAUCGCAAGCAAAUCUGGCAACCAUGGCUUGCACAAGGUCGUUCAGUACUCAACUAUUCUAUGGAACAUAUCCCACACGUUGUAUGGGGCAUUCCUUUCGCUGCGUUUUUCACCGUCAUUAUUGCAAGUAAGGAGAUCUAUAAAGCAAACGCCUAUCAAUUCAAUGUUUACAAACGACGUUUAAUGGUUCGUCGACCAGAAGAUAUUCCUCUUGAAUAUCGACCAUUCUGCAGUUAA